AUGCGCAGAGAGCAGGUGUUGAAGGUGUGUUUGAAUCACGCGCUCGAUAGGAACGUGGAGUACGUGCCGAAGGACGAGAGAUCGUUCGUGUUCGGCGUCGCCGAUUUCUCCGAAGGUGAAAUGGCGAAGGAGCGGUUGUGUUUGAGGUUCAAGAACGCGGAGGUGGCCGGGGAGUUUAAGAGAGCCGUCGACGAGGCCGUAGGGAAUUGUACCGCUAGCGCAGACGCGUCGUUCCGAAGUACCGAUGACGACGAUGUAAUCGUAGUAUCCGAAACUCAGGUAACGCCCGAAGAGGAGAAAUUCGCCAAAAGCUUGGGCUUACCGGCGAAGUUCCUCGCCUACAAGCAGCUGCCCGAUUGCGCGUGCGCCCAAUGCAAAAAAGACGACGAGUACCUCAAGGAGCUGUUCGCGUCCGAUUCGAAACCCGCCCAAAGCAGUACUACCACCCCCGGCAAAUCGAGUUUCGCCUUGAAACCGCCGACGUUGGCGCAGCCGAAAUCGACGCCCGAAACGACGCCGGCGACGGCGCCGCCGCCGAAAUUUUCGUUUUCGUCGCCCAACAUGGCGGCGUUCGGUACCACCGCUACUACGGUAAUUCCGUUCGGCUCGUCCGGCUCGAACGCGUCGUCCGGCUCGUUCGGUACUCCGUUGAGUUCCACCGGCAAUUCGUUGGCUUCGCCGGCGCCAUCUGCCGGCUCGAGUCUGUUCGGUACUCCCGUCAGUUCCACCACCAGUUUGUUCGGUACUAACUCGAACAGGAUCUUCGGUAACGGCGCGCCGCCGACGGGCGGUAGCAUUUUCGGCGGCGGUACCACUUACAAUAGUCCCAAUACUACUACAGCUGCGGCUACCGCCGUAGGAUCGACCACUAAUUUGUUCGGAUCUAAUAGUACUACAUCGAAUACCGGCUUAUUCGGUGGUACCACUUUCAAUAGUCCUAGUACUACUACUGCUGCGGCUACCACCGUAGGAUCGACCACUAAUUUGUUCGGAUCUAAUAGUACUACAUCGAAUAGCGGCAUAUUCGGUACCACUUUCAAUAGUCCUAGUACUACUACUGCUGCGGCUACCACCGUAGGAUCGACCACUAAUUUGUUCGGAUCUAGUAGUACUACAUCGAAUACCGGCAUAUUCGGCGGUACCGCUUUCAAUAGUCCCAGUACAACUACCGUCGGAUCGACCGCUAAUUUGUUCGGAUCUAGUAGUACUUCGUCGAACACCAGCAUAUUCGGCGGUACCAAUUUCAGUUUCGCGCCGCCUUCGAAGCCGUUCCAGCCGGCGACUACGACCGGUACCGGUUUGUUCGGCGGCGUUUCGAAAUCGAGCAGUACCGUCGCGACGAGCGACGGCGCCGACGCCAACGAGAUAGUACUGAAAUGCGAUACCAACUUGUCGUUUUCUUCGUUGGCUUCCAACGUCAAGAUCGACGCGAAACCUUCGUUUACCAUGAAAACCGUUACAGAUGAAACGUUCUCGUUUUUGGGCGCCGGAGCGCCGGUGUUCCAAUCGACAGCCGGAAAGGGUACCGCCAACGGUAAGGACGAUGAAGGCGACGACGAGGGCGGUACCAACGACGACUACGAUCCCCACUACGAGCCGAUCGUACCGCUGCCCGAGCAGAUCGUCGUGACGACGGGCGAAGAGGACGAGGACGCGUUGUUCAACGAUCGAGCGAAAUUGUUCCGGUACGUUGCCGACACCAAGGAGUGGAAGGAGAGAGGCGUCGGCCAAUUGAAGGUGCUCUAUCAUCGAGAGAAACACACGUAUCGAUUGUUGCUGAGGCGCGAACAAGUCCACAAGCUCGUCCUCAACCAACUGGUGACCAAAGAUCUCGAACUGAAGGCGAUGACCACCGAGAAAUCCUGGAUGUGGGUGGGCUACAAUUUCGUCGACGACGAGACCAACCUGGAAAAGUUGGCCGUGCGCUUCAAGAAGCCCGAGACCGCUUUGGAGUUUCGAACGGUCGUCGAACGAGCCACGGAGCAAUUGAGACUGGCCGAAACCGAAGAGAAGAAAUCCCACACUAACGAGAGCGACGGGGAAGUACCGGUGACCGUGAGCAACUUCGGCGAAGGCCACUACGAGGGCUACUACGAGGAAGCCAACAAGUACAGCGAAGGGGAGGAGGACGAUGAUGAUGUCGAGGAAGAGGAGGACGAUGAAAAGACUAUAAUGUUCGUGAAGGAAUGCACGUUGAGCGAACGCCUUCGAGACGACGGCGAAUGGCAGGAGAUCGGCAAAGGGGAUUUGCAAGUCUAUUACGAUCCGGACGUUUUCGGUGCCCGGAUUCAAGUCAACGACGAAUACGGUAAAGUGAUGAGCGUCACGUUGAUCGGCAUCAACACCAUAAUGGAAUCGGAGGGUAACGAAUGCACGUGGAAGGCCAGAGAAUGGACGACGGAUAUGCAAAUGCGCAAUUUGAAAGCGACCUUCGCAGACGAAUCGGCCGCCCAAGAGUUCCAUUCGAACUAUUUCGAGGGAUUGAACUACGCCCAACAGGUCGGUCUGGUCGACGAGUCGCCGGUCCAGUGCGCUUCGGACGAUACCGAUGAAUAA